CUGGGACUGAAAGCCAGACAUCCAGAUCAUACCACACUCUGCAUGACCUUCACACCUUAUUAUCACAGGGAGCAGGUCUGGCAGACUCGCCUCUAAUUCAGCUGUCCACUCCAAAACCAAGACUUCAAUGGCUACAGCUCAUGCUACCAGAGCACCGACAACAGGAGAGGGGGGAGGGGAGGGGCAACCUGCUGUAACCUCUUCAUCUCAACCAGUUUCUACUGAUCAGCCUGAGGACAGGACGGAGCUAGCUGGUUCCCUUGGCCCAGCCAUUGGGUCCCCUCCUGAGCUUCCAUGUCUCAGAGACAUGAAGCUGACAGGGAGUGAAUGGUAUCUCAAUGUGCCCAUUCAGGACAGAAUGAAGAAACAGGCUUAAGGCCAGGGGCUCUUAAGCAUCUUAACUGGAUUUUUGUUGUUGCUAAUGAAAGCUUGCAGGUACUUAGGGGUGUUCCCAUAAGGACAAUAGAACUAGCUGCCUGGUGGUGAUGCAGAGAAAAGGAGUGAAAGCGAGUGGCCCUCAAGGCAGUGAUGCAGAGAAAAGAAGUGAAAGUCAAUGGCCCUCAAGGCUCAGUAAACCUCACCUGUCAGGUCCUCUCCCAGUGCUGAGCCAGGAGCCUAGUCCUGAACACCAUACUGUGUCUGAUGGAAACUUCCAACACAGAUGAAGUGUAACUACCCUAAGACCAUCAUACAGAAAAGAAACUCAAAAUGGCCGAAUGGUGUGUUGCAUGGACAAAGAUGCCCCAACACCACCAGCUAGCUGCCUAGCCCUAGAGCCACUAGAUAGCCUCACAUGGGGCUGGAACCAGGUGAUGAAGACCGGGAAAACAACAGGUUGUAACUCAGAAUACUGUCCUGGGCUUGGUAUGGCCGGCUAGAGGCAACCCUGACCUACCCUAGUCAUGAGGGACGUGGUCAAUGAUCCUUGGUCUUUGUUCAAGCCCCUGGUCACAAAUCACUAAAAAGACAGCAGCUAAUAUUUGUGGCUGCUCUGUAGCAGUUCUUCCCACAGCAGAUUACCACAGCCCCAGAGGUAAGACGGCAGUCGGGUACUUCCUUGAAUUUCACUGAUAGCUGUCAAAGUAGGGCUUGUAUAGCUAGCCCACAGGUAACCAGUGGCUGGACAUUUCUUUUUCUUGUCUUACUGCGUUGGCCUAAGACUAACUUUGAGCACCAUUUUCCUGAUCUUAACCUUGGGAGAAGAGGUGAUGUUUUGUCAUCUUCAUGAGUAGCUACAUGGUGAAUACAUAUAGUAUCAAGUAGAUACAGUAGCUACAUCUUACUCUACUAAAGAGAUUCCUUUUUGUGGUGUAUUUUGGCCUAAGACUCCAAUCCCAGCAGCCGCUGUAUCAAAUCUAGUAUCCGAGUGGUCUCCUUAGAGAAACAGGCAUCCCAGUGUUAGCUAGAUACAACACGUGAGCAUCUUCCAAAGCCCAUAGCCAGGUAGGAGUGGAGUGGCAGCAUUAACUGCACGUACAAGCAAACAGGUGCCCGUGCACCAGACAAAAAAAGGUGCCGGAGUUCCGUUUCUGGAGGUAUCUGUGGGCUGCUGUUUAUGAGUGGUAAUUAUUGGGCGUAGCACACGUGUAGAAACUAAACAAACAAACAAAAACGCCAAGCUGAUUCUUACCCGUCCUUUUCAAUAGGUCUUAUUAUACUGUACCUUAAUCAAAUGUUUGUUUGUUUGUUUUUUAAAAAAAGGAAGAACUUUUACCCGUUCUGUUUUGUGUAACAGAGCAAAACUGUUCCCAGAGCCUGGAUCCCUAGAAAAGCUAGGGGCUAGAUAAAGCAAGGCACAAACCAAGAGGAACUCGGCAGGAGAGAGGGGCGGAGCGAGGAGGGGCGAGGAGGUUAGACGAUGGGAGGGUCGUAUCUGACCGGGGUCAGACGCAGAGGGCGGCGCGGGGUCCUUAGAGCGUGUGUGGGCGUCUCUGGAGGAACUCUCUGCUCUGUUGAGGCCACGCCUCGGAAUACAAGCACCCCUCCACCUGGCUUCAGGAUGCUGCUUCGUCCCCGGAGGCCUGCCCCGUUCUCGCCUCCGUCACCUCCUAGCCCCGACGCCGAGCUGCGGCCGGCGGGGGACAUCCAGGUGACUACGUCUGAUGCCUUAGCCACCCUGGGCGGGAUGGCGGAACCCGGCUCGCCCAGGGCUCCCGUGUCCCCCGGCUCGGCGCAGCGCACGCCCUGGAGCGCCCGGGAGACGGAGCUACUUCUGGGCACGCUGCUGCAGCCGGCCAUGUGGCGCUCGCUGCUGCUCGACCGCCGGCAGGCCCUGCCCACCUACCGCCGCGUGUCCGCCGCGCUGGCCCGUCAGCAAGUUCGGCGCACGCCCGCCCAGUGCCGCCGACGCUACAAGUUCCUCAAGGACAAACUCCGAGACUCCCAAGGCCAGCCGUCCGGGCCUUUCGACGACCAGAUCCGCGAGCUCAUGGGGCUGCUGGGCGACGACGGGCAGCCCAGGACCCGCCGCCGCUCUACGGGGCGAACCCAGCGCCGCGGGCGCUCUGUCCCCACAGUGUCAGCGCAGGCACCCAUACCGGUCGAGCCAGGGGCUGCGCUUCAGCUGGCUGCAGGGGACGCCGACCCUGCCUCCGCGCUCAGGUUCAGCUCCUCCACGACGAGGUCCGCAGCUCCCCGUCGUCUUGCCAACUCGGCUCCCCCGGCCUUCGACACUCUGGCUCCAGAGCCGGGCCGUGCCCUCGGAACCUCCCCGCGGCCAACCCACGACCACGACUCGGAGGAGCACAGCGAGCCCCCUGGCCAUUCCCAGGACCGUGCGACCCCGCAGAUUGCUCCCCAGUCGUUGAACACUGCACUGCUGCAGACCCUGACGCACUUGGGCGACAUCUCCACAGUUCUGGGCCCUCUGCGCGACCAGCUGUCGACUCUGAACCAGCACGUGGAGCACCUGCGAGGUUCCUUCGACCAAACCGUCUCCCUGGCCGUGGGCUUCAUUCUGGGCAGUGCGGCUUCCGAGCGAGGCAUCCUCGGGGACCUGCGCCAAUAGAGCCUGUUGUUACUAGUCUUUCCCUCCAGAUCCGACCCCCCGGUUAGUGUCCCCCGCCCCCACCCCAAACCUAGGUUCUUAUUAAAAUAAAGAUUGUG